AUGAAUGAUUCAAAGCAAGAUAAAAGUCAUGAAUGUCAGACUACAGGAGAAAUUGACGCUAAUCAAAUUGGAGGAAUUGCUCAAACUGUUUUCGUUGGAGUUGGAACAAUAACUGAAAUAUUUACACCUUUUGUACCAUAUAUUGAGAUCAUAUUAAACGCAGCAAAUUCUAUAAUUAAAAUUUAUGAAGAUGCAAAAUACAAUAAAAAUAUUUGUUUGGUAUUUGUUGAACGUAUGCGAGUAGCAAAAUUUUCUAUUGAAAGAUUAAUAACAUCUAAAGAAUCUAAUAUAAAAAUGUUUCAAGAACAAUCUUUUCUCGAUGCACUCUAUGUGGAAAAAAUAUUAGAAUGUGUUGAAAUCACUGCAGAACAUGUACAAAAAAUUGCUAUUGCAAAUGAAGUACUCAAUAAUGAUUCUAAAAAGAAUGUCUGGAACACAUUUAAAGCACCAUAUAUUGAAUCUAAAGAAAUCACAGAUCCCAGAAUAGGUGAUAGAGAAGUUUUUGAAUAUAAACCUGAUGUAUUCAGCGUUCCUAAAAUUUUUACACAGAUUAUUGCGGAUGCAUGGCAAGGAAAUCCUAUUAAUCGCCCAAAUUUUCAGGUCAUGCUUGAAACUUUAGAUAAAUUAUGCAAAAAAUAUGAUUCUACCCAUUCUGGUAGUUCAACUCAUGAAAUAUCUUUAGAAGAAGACAAUUAUUUAGAAUCUGAAGAUGCAGCUUUAAGAAACUUUUCUAAAGCUGUUGAAUUUGUGAAAAAAUUAAAUAUCGACUUGCUUCAAAAUGAAACUAUUAAUUAA